AGCCGCCAGAGGCCGCUGUCGCGAGAUGACGUCGUGUCCCGGGAACUCCCAGCAUGCUCCUGGAAUGUCAGUUUGCCACGUAACGAGCUGCGCUUGGUUGCCUUGUCACAGGUAGCUAACACCGGGAGCGGCCCGAGCUGUCUGUCCUCACCGCCGACACCCCGGGCGAGACAUGGGGGGCUCGCAGAGCGUGGAGAUACCAGGAGGAGGCACGGAGGGAUAUCAUGUGCUGCGGGUAUGUGUGUGCAAGGCCUGAGCCGAUUAACAAAGCAAACUAGCAAGCCAGCCAGCAAACCAGCCAGGGGCCCCCCUCAAACCAGCCAGCCAGGGGCCCCCCUCAAACCAGCCAGCCAGGGGCCCCCCCUCAAACCAACCAGCCAGGGGCCCCCCUCAAACCAGCCAGCCAGGGGCCCCCCUCAAACCAGCCAGCCAGGGGCCCCCCUCAAACCAACCAGCCAGGGGCCCCCCUCAAACCAGCCAGCCAGGGCCCCCCCUCAAACCAACCAGCCAGGGCCCCUCAAACCAACUCAGAGCCCCCCCUCAAAACCAGCCAGCCAGGGGCUCUCAAACCAACAGGGCCUCCUCAAACCCAGCCAGGGGCCCCCUCAAACCAGCAGGACCCCCCUCAAACCAGCCAGCCAGGGCCCCCUCCCAAACCAACCAGCCAGGGCCCCCUCAAACCAACCAGCCCAGGGCCCCCUCCUCAAACCAGCCAGCCAGGGCCCCUCCUCAAACCAACCAGCCAGGGCCCCUCCUCCAAACCAGCCAGCCAGGCCCCCUCAAACAGCCAGCCAGGGCCCCCCUCAAACCAGCCAGCCAGGGCCCCUCUCCAAACCAGCCAGCCCAGGGCCCCCCCCCUCAAACCAGCCAGCAGGGCCCUCCCACUCAAGCCGGCAGCCAGGGGCUACUCAAACCAGCCAGCCCAGGGCCCCUCAAACCAGGCAGCCAGGGCCCCCCUCUCAAACCAGGCAGCCGGGGCCCCCCUCUCAAACCAGGCAGCCGGGGCCCCCCUCUCAAACCAGGCAGCCGGGGCCCCCCUCUCAAACCAGGCAGCCGGGGCCCCCCUCUCAAACCAGGCAGCCGGGGCCCCCCUCUCAAACCAGGCAGCCGGGGCCCCCCUCUCAAACCAGGCAGCCGGGGCCCCCCUCUCAAACCAGGCAGCCGGGGCCCCCCUCUCAAACCAGGCAGCCGGGGGCCCCCUUCAAACCAGCCAGCCGGGGGCCCCCUUCAAACCAGCCAGCCAGAGUCCCCCUGCGGUAGGUACUCCAGCCAGCCAGGGUCCCCCUGCGGUAGGUACUCCAGCCAGCCGGGUCCCCCUGCGGUAGGUACUCCAGCCAGCCGGGUCCCCCUGCGGUAGGUACUCCAGCCAGCCAGGGUCCCCCUGCGGUAGGUACUCCAGCCAGCCAGGGUCCCCCUGCGGUAGGUACUCCAGCCAGCCGGGGGCCCCCUGCGGUAGGUACUCCAGCCAGCCGGGGCCCCCUGCGGUAGGUACUCCAGCCAGCCGGGGGCCCCCUGCGGUAGGUACUCCAGCCAGCCGGGGCCCCCUGCGGUAGGUACUCCAGCCAGCCGGGGGCCCCCUGCGGUAGGUACUCCAGCCAGCCGGGGGCCCCCUGCGGUAGGUACUCCAGCCAGCCGGGGGCCGCCUGCGGUAGGUACUCCGGGUAAGCCAGCCGGGGGCCGCCUGCGGUAGGUACUCCGGGUAACAGCCAGCCGGGGCCGCCUGCGGUAGGUACUCCGGGUAACAGCCAGCCAGGGGCCGCCUGCGGUAGGUACUCCGGGUAACAGCCAGCCAGGGGCUGCCUGCGGUAGGUACUCCGGGUAACAGCCAGCCAGGGGCCGCCUGCGGUAGGUACUCCGGGUAACAGCCAGCCAGGGGCCGCCUGCGGUAGGUACUCCGGGUAACAGCCACCCAGGGGCCGCCUGCGGUAGGUACUCCCGCUGGCCCGCCAUUACAAAUCCAGGGAUACCCAGCUACAUCCCAGGCUGUCAGAGCAUUAUGGGGACUGCAGUCCAUCUACACCAGCAGCAGUCCAGCAGGUCUCUAGAAAUUCCCUGUUACACUAUAGUUAGCUAUGGCUGUCUUCCAGUAUUGAAGCCAUAACCUUAGUAGUAUUUUAAUGUUUUUAAUUUUUAUUAUACAGGCCUGUUAUUAUAGCUUUAUAUAAUAUAUAAAAGAUUUAUCCAGUGCCCUCAACAGUGCUGUUUUAACCAGACAUUGUCAUGGACCCAAAUUAUGCUCUUGUGAUUAGUGUGACAUCCCAUUCUUAAGUAAAAUCAGCUUAAUGAGACAUUCUUGAAUUAAAAUAGACAGAAAAGUCUGCAUUGGACUUUUUACAUUCUAAAAGGGCGUCUCCUGUUCAAUGGGGAAGGUUUUGCCGCUAUAAGGAAUAAUAUAUUGUGAACAGUAUGUAUGGUGCCAGGAUGAUUAUAAUGUGCCUGUGCUAAACAUUGGAAAUGGCUUGGGGAUCCAAUUUCUUAUACCGGACAGGAUUUUACAGGUUUAAACAAUACAUUUGUAACCUAGUUACUUUAGGGUCAAAUCCAUCAACCUGUACAUUUGAUUAAGUAAUGGAGAUAUAGGGAUUAUCUCAAAAAAGAUUAACAAAGUAUGUAUAAAGCACACAGACUGUGCCACUGUCUCUGUAGAAACAUUUGUAUCAUGUAGAGUAAGAAUUACGAUGAUGUACAUAUGUAGUAUUUUUUUUGCCCCCCUCCCACCCACCCAAAAGCUUGCUCUAUAAAAUAACCAUUACAACGGUGUGUAUGUUGUCCUAUUUGGUUUUAAUACCUUUAGGAUUAAGAGUUAGGAAAAUCCUAAUCAGUCUUGACACAACAUUAUUCCAAAAACCAUUAAAAAUUACACAAGAUGAGAAAAUAUUUAUGAAUGAAAAGAUUUGUAAGAUUUAGGAAGGAGAUUUUUGUGAUUGGAUUCAGCAUAGUACCAAACAUUAGUGUGUCUCUUAAGUACAGUAACAAACAGUAGCGUGUUCAUUGUAUAACAGGAUGUACUUAAAUCACGCCAGCUUGGUUUUUGAAAUCUUACUGACCCAGGAAAAAAAUAUAUAUAUUAUUACUUAGAGCAUGUGAAGCAUGCAUGAUUAGCUCUCAAGUCAAUGCUGAGUUGUCCUAGAGAGCUGAAUAUUUAUGUGGUCUUGGCUUCAAACAUGCGGUUAAAACAGCAGUGGAUUUUGUAGAUUUUGGGUUCAGUAUGAAAUCUGGGUGAAUCAUGCACAAAUCUCUGAUUGAAACAGUUUAAAGGAACACGCCAAGCAUGUGGUGGUUUCGGUCCAGAGAGUGUCCCCUUAAAAUAAACAUUUCAUUUAGUAAAAUUUUAAGAAACACUUUGAGCACUAAAGCUACUACAGCCCACUGUAGUGGUUAUGGUACUAGAAAUGUUCUGGCUUCCUCUAAGUAGGCACACUAUUUGAAACCAAUUUGACAAUUUACCUAGGAACAUCCAAUCACAGCUUUUCCUGGUGCUGAAAGCUCCUGCCAGGUGUUUCCGUUCGCUCACCUGAGUUGUAUCGUUUGACAACUUGCCACAGGAGGGCGCCAGGGCACUCCUAGCACCAUAACCACUACAUUGGGUUGGAGUGUUCCUUUAAAGCCAAAAUGUAAUCAAAAGAACUUAAAGGAACAUUCUAAUGCUUGGCAAAUCUACAUGCAUUGCACUUGAGGUGCCUUUGCACAGCACACACGUUUUCCAGUGCCAAACAGGCUAGGAAAUCUAUGGGUCUCCCUGGAGCUGGACUAUCAUGGAUUCCAGUGAGACUUCUUCAGAUAUCUUAGUGCCAGCCAAGUGGUGAUUGCAGCAGUUGGUAAUGGACAAUCCUCAAUUUACCCAUUGCAGCACUUAGAGAACGUGAUUUCAGAUCACUUUCUCCAAGCGCAUGUGAAGGGGAAACCGCACGAGAAUUGAUUCAGUGAUAUGCAGUGGUCAUGGUGAUAGGAGUCUGGAUGUCCACUGUUUCUGUUUGCACUUGUGUGCAGGGGGGCUAGUUAUAUUUGUGAUGCACGUGAUUUUGGUUGCCUGGAACUCGUUUUCCCUAGCCACAACUCUCAUGGCUGUGACUGACACCGCCUCCUUGAAAGAAAGGUUUACUUCAGAAGUUCUUACCUCAGGUUUAGUUGAAGAUUAAUCACACAUAGGAAGCCACUUUUAGCUGUAGCAGGUAAUUAUCAGAGCAGGAGUUCUAAAUUGAAUACACUGUACAAUAAGGGAAGCUUUAAAAAAAAAAAAAAAAAGUCCACUUUUUUCAGGAAGUGUGUAGGGAGACUGUGAGUUACAGCCAUGGGAGGUGUGACCAGAGCUGCAUAAACAAAGAUAUUUAGCUCCUAAAUGGUAGAGAAUUAAGCAGUGAGACUGCAACGACAUGAUCUAUACACCUAGGCUGCUCAAGCUAAAGUUGUUUGUGUGUAAGUAUUAUCUAAAGCUAUUGGCAGUCUUAUGCUGUUGAAUAGGAUUUGAUCAAUAAUGGCUAAGUUCUUGCCUGUGCCACCAUGCACAUAAUUACUUAUUACAGAAGUGAUUUGCAAGAAUCGUGAAAGCUAUUAGACCAUUCCCUAAUUGAGACACAUCACAAGAGGAAGCUUAUACUUCAUCCUACCUCACCAAGAAACUUUAUCAUGCAUUUAAAAAAUCCCCAUUUAGGCUUUAAGACUCCUUCACAGUAGCCAGAAGGUCAAAUGUAAUAGUUACACACAGAAUGCUGUUAAUUGAGUUGCAGAUAAGAAGAUAGCAGCUGUUAUCAACCUUUGCAUCUGUUUCUGAUCUGAUGAAUUGUGUUGCUGGCAAGUGCACUAUAAAGGAACACAAUAGGGUCAGGAACACAAACUUGUAUUCCUGACUCUAUAGUGUUAAAACCACUAUCAGGCUUUCCCUUCUCAUCUCAGAUCUAGAUCAUUAUUGUCUCAUUCAAGAUCUACAGAUUUGACAUGGCCCUCAAAAGUUUUUUUGUAUAUCUUUAUUACUAACCUUGUGUAUUACGUUUCAUACGAAUUGAACUUCACCUGAAUUUUGGUCAUCAGAUGGUGGUCCAAAUUCUGUAAAGCAUAAGUGCCAUAUGAUGAAAAAAACAUCACAAACAAUAGCUGAAUAGCUAUUGCUUUGUAAUUCAGUAUUUUGUUAGCAAUGAAAUAAAAGAUGUAUAAAUAAGAAAGAAAUAAGCCAUAAAUCGACAAUACUGAACACUUAAAAUAUGCAACCAAAUGCUAAAAAGUAACCACACUAGCAAAAUUGUGAAUAUUGACCGAAUUUGAAUGGUAAAAUAUCAUUCUAUUUAGAUUACACAGUUCUGGCUAGAAUUAAUUUUAUUAACUGGGUGCAAAAAUUAGCCUAUAUUUGUACUGCAAUAUAUAAAUACUAUGUAUAUAUAUUUUGCAAUACAAUGACAUGCUCAUAUUUUGGAAUCAAAAUGUUUCCGUUAAGUACAAGCCUACAGGUUCUGUAUUAUAAUGUUAGUCCUGAGUGAUACGCUACCCUGUGCUUUAAAAUGUUGUAAAACUAUAAUUUAACAACCAUUACCUUCCUACUACACCUUUAACAGUGUUAUCUCAGCAUAUUUAUAGUGUGGUAGGCUUCCGUCUUUGUUUCUAUGUUUCACACGCUAUACUGGCUGGUUUAACAACAUCCCGUGAGAAAAGGAGUGGUUUAACAUAACUUGCCAUCCUAGUAAUAAUCCUAUCAAUAACGGGUCAAUCCGUAUGUGUCUUGCAAUUUAACUAAUAUAUUGUGUCAUACUGAUACAUACCAAUAUCCAGGUGCAUUGAGGAUGGUGUAAAUAAAAUAAUUGUUUUAUCUAUGCUCAUGGCAUUAAAGUAACACAGCCACAUAAGCAAUUUGUUGGAAAUGUGGUUUUAAAUGAAUUUAAAUCUUUUAUCAACGCAAGCUAGAACAUGUUUUGGUAAACUUAGUGAAUUUUAAAGGGACAUGGUAAUAAGAUAUGACCCCCAAAAUUAAACCAAAAAAAGGAAAAUACUUUUUAAUUCCAGAAGGUGCAGUGCUUGCACAGCAAGUCCCAUUAGCUGAUAAGUCCCCACUUUCUGAUCUACAUAUUAUUUUUAUUUCCUUAUGUUCUGCAUAGGUUUAUGGAUAAGUAGUUUUUCCCCCAGUAGCAGAUCCACACAUCACAUAUGGAUGUUAUUAACCUAUUCAAAAUCAAGUUAAUUGCUUUGUGCAAGUAUCUUCCAAGCAGCUGAACGCACAUGCACACAGCCACUCUACAUCAUAAUCUUUGCAAUAAUGCAAAGUUCUGUUGGUGUUUAGAGUGACCCUUUCACUGUAUAUAAGAAUUAUUGAAAGCGUGCAUUUUAUAGACCAGGCAUAGACAACCUUCGGCACUCCAGAUGUUUUAGACUACACUUCCCAUGAUGCUUUGCCAGCAUUAUGGGUGUAAGAGCAUUAUGGAGGGUGACGUUUACAACAUCUGGAGUGUCGAUGGUUGCUUAUCCCUGUUAUAGACCAUGGGAAACUAUAUAACAUUACUCCUGUGUGCCUCUUGUGGUCCCUUGCCAUGAUUUUGCUUUAAAUCAGAAUCCACUUUAAAUUCUGAUGUGUCAGUUUUAUAUUUUCUAUAUAUAUCAUUCUCUAAUUGCCUGUUGUGUUUGAAAACUGAAAUCCAGAAUUUUAUUGAAAACUCACUUCCCAAGAUGUGUACAGGCAUCUGAAAUUCUCAGUGUGUUUGUCCAAAUAAAAGCCAUCUUAAGUGAUGUUUCUAUUUUAAAGGGACACUAAAGUCACCCAGACCACUUUAUGUCAAUACAUUUUUAUUCUCCAACAGCUAGUGGAGAGUGGAAAAAUUAAACCAUGCUGUACACUAUAUUGUUUUCUGUAAGAAGUGUAAUCAGAUGGAUUUCAAGAAUACAUUUUAAACCCUUAAUUCCGUUAGGGCGUACUAUGCCGCCCCGCAUUUACUGAGCCUAAAUGCCGUUAGGGCGGCAUAGUACGCCCUUACGAUCUUGCGCUCCCCAACCUCAAUUUACUUACCUGUACCGGCUUUCUUCUCGGCCCUCCAAGGCUAUGUGAUCGCGACGGAUGGCGCAAAUCACAUGACCGCAAAGCAGUUAUGAGACUGCCUGCAGGGGGAAGUCCCCACGGUGUCUGAAAUUAAAGUUAAACUCCCACAUUCAGACAAUAUAUUAUACAUGUAUAAUAAGUUAAUUAAAACACCUGAUUAGCAUAUUAUAUAAUAUAUUUCUUACUGUAUUUUGGUAAAAUACACUUAGAAUUAAAUUAUAUAUGUAUAAUAUGCUAAUCAGGUGUUUUAAUUAACUUAUAUUAUACAUAUAUUACAAAAUAUACAUUAAAGUGUUUGUGUGUGUGUGUGUGUGUGUGUGUGUGUGUGUGUGUAUAUAUAUAUAUAUAUAUAUAUAUAUAUAUAUAUAUAAUUUUAUUUUUUAUCUACUAUAUUUAAUUAAUUAUUAUUCAAAGGAUCUGCCUGAUAACCCAUGCAGAAAGUCCAUUUAAUUUACAAGCCCUAUAUUUAACACUGUAACUUUGUGACUAAGUGGCUACUACAAAAGACUGGACUAACCCAAUUUUGAAUAACCUGGGUUGUCUACUUUUGUGAAUGGCAUGCCAUGAUGGGGGUAAUUCUCAUUCUUUGGCUGCCAUAUGGUCUCAAAGGCAACAUAGGCUCAGCAAACCAAUCUGGAAAACUGAAAUGGGAUAGACCUAUAUUUGUCCCUGUAGCCUUCCAAAACACCAUAAAACCUGUACAUGGGGGGUACAGUUGUACUCGUGAAACAUCGCUGAACACAUACGAGUGAAACUUAAAAUGACAAUGAUAUCAUCAGUGAAAGGGCAUUUUUGUUUCUGAAAAAUACAAGAAAAACUGAUCUGAACGCUAAUUUUGGCCUGGGUUUGUGACUGAGUGGUUACUAAAAAAGACUGGACAUAUCCCAUUUUGAAUACCCUGGGUUGUCUACUUAGGUUAUGGUGCCAUGGCAUACCAUUUGCCAAUCUGGCAAAUUUGAAUGUGUAAAACAUUAAAUGGACAAGCCCUAUAUUUGAUCCUGUAACUUUCCAAAACUCCAUAAUACCUGUACCUGCAGGGUACUAUUUUAGACAUCACUGAACACAAAUAUAGUUAUAGCAGUAAAAUGUAUAACGACGAUGAUAUAAUCAAUGAAAGUGCAGUCUUUGUGUGGAAAAAAUGCAAAAAACUAAUCUGAAUGCUAACUUUGGCCAGAGUUUGUGACCAAGUGGCUACUUCAAAUGACUGGACAUACCCUAUUUUGAAUACACUGGGUUGUCUACUUUUACAAAUGGUAUGCCAUGCUGGGGUUAAUUUUCAUUUCUGGACCGCCUCACAGUCCCAAAGGCAGCAUUGACCCAGCAAAUCAACCUGGCAAAUUUCAAUGUGUAAAAAUUAAAAAGGGGAAAGCCCUAUAUUUGACCCUGUAACUCCAAAACACCAUAAAACCUGUACAUAGUGGGAACUUUUGUACUUGUGAGACAUUGCUGAAUACAAAUAUGAGUAAUUUAAUUCAGUAAAAUGUAACAGUAUUAUGAUGAUUAACAGUUAAAAUGCCAUGCAGAACUUGAAAAAUAACAAAAUUACUUAAAGGGACACUAUAGUCACCUGAACAACUUUAGCUUAAUGAAGCAGUUUUGGUGUAUAGAACAUGCCCCUGCAGCCUCACUGCUCAAUCCUCUGCCAUUUAGGAGUUAAAUACCUUUGUUUAUGAACCCUAGUCACACCUCCAUAAACACUCACUGUAAAGAGAGCCCUAUUUAGGCUUCCUUUAUUGCAAGUUCUGUUUAAUUAAGAUUUUCUUAUCCCCUGCUAUGUUAAUAGCUUGCUAGACCCUGCAAGAGCCUCCUGUAUGGGAUUAAAGUUCAAUUUAGAGAUUGAGAUACAAUUAUUUAAGGUAAAUUACAUCUGUUUGAAAGUGAAACCAGUUUUUUUUUUUUCAUGCAGGCUCUGUCAAUCAUAGCCAGGAGAGGUGUGGCUAGGGCUGCAUAAACAGAAACAAAGUGAUUUAACUCCUAAAUGACAGUGAAUUGAGCAGUGAAAUUGCAGGGUAAUGAUCUAUACACUAAAACUGCUUUAUUUAGCUAAAGUAAUUUAGGUGACUAUAGUGUUCCUUUAAUUUCUCAAAGUCUUUAAAAUGUUAUUCAUAUUAAAGGACCACUAUAGUGCCAGGAAAACAAACUCUUUUUCCUGGCACUAUUGGGUGUUUAGGUCCCCCCGCUGAAGGGGUUAAACACUUACCAUUCUCCAGCGUCGGGCUCCCUCGGCGCUGGUGACCUCUCCUCCCUCUUCCGCAGUCAGCUUUUAAUGCGCAUGCGCAGCAAGAGCCGCUCGCGCAUUUAAACAGGCCAUUGGAAAGCAUUUCUCUCCUAUGGACAUCAGCGUCUUCUCACUGUGAUUUUCACAGUGAGAAGCGCCGAAGCGCCUCUAGAGGCUGGAUUAACUAUUGUAUUAAUAGCAAUUUCUCUGAAACUAUGUUUUCAGCUGCAGGGUUAACACUAGGUGGACCUGGCACCCACACCACUUCAUUGAGCUGAAGUUGUCUUGGUGCCUAUAGUGGGCCUUUAAGUUAUGUUUUAAAUAUAAAUAUUUAAUAUGAAAUAAAAAAACCCUGUUUCUCCUGAACAAAAUGAUAUAUAAUAUGUGUGGGUGUACUUAAUAUCAGAGUUGAAUUAUGGUUGAACAGACAUAUUGCACAAAUUCCAGGUUUUGUUUACGUAUUGUUUUGAUCACAACUUGUACAACUGAUUCCGUCCUUAAGGGGUUAAAUGUAGCAGAAAGCCAUAGAAAAAAGACAAAAGAAAACUGCAGCUUUGUUUAUUAAAAUCAUUAUGUGGUAUGUCCAUUGUCAUACAGGCCUUGAAUCAUGCUUUGUGCUGUUAUUCAAAUGUAAUUUACACGGAUAUUGUGUAAAAUCUUUGAAUUUUGUAAUCAGCUGCUGCUUUAUUUUUCAAUCAGAGUUAUUGUGAAUAGAUCUUUGUACACAUUUAGUCUGUGAGCUGAUUGGGGUAAAAUUCAUGGGAAGUAGAUUUUUGUGCCCGCCAUUCUGUUAAAACAAGCUAUGAACGGAUUGGAUUGCAAUGCCUUUCUAACAUGUCUUUUCUGAUUGAUUAUCUUUACAAGGUGCAAGAAAAUUCUCCUGGACACAAGGCUGGGCUGGAGCAGUUCUUUGACUUUAUUGUUUCAAUCAAUGGGUUAAGAUUGGUAUGUAAUCAGAAAAUUAUAUUUAUUGUAUUUAUAUUAGACUGAUAUGCAGAGCAGGUCUCUUUGGGGCUAUUUCGUCUUCAAAAAUGAAUUUUGUUAUAUACUAGGAUUUGAUUUUUAUUUUUAUAUUAAAGGAACACUAUAGGGUCAGGAACACCAAUGUGUAUACCUGACCCUAUAGUGUUAACUAACCAUUUAGUCCCCCUGGCAAACCUUACCUUCCUUAAAGCUAGUAAACUCUCAUUAUUUCCAGCGCCGUGCGGGUCUGCCAGAGCUGGCUCCGCCCCCGGUCCGCCUCCUUGGCUAACAUCAUCAGAAUUGAUUAUCUCAGCCAAUCCAAUGUUUUCCUGUAGGAAAGCAUUGGAUUAGCUGAGAUGGUUAAUUCUGAUAAUCUUCUCCAAGGAGGCAGGCCGGGGCAGAGCCAAAUACUGUCCUGGCCUAUCAUCAUCUACUCAUAUCAAUGCAUCUUUAUGGGGAAAAGUUUAGCCUCUCAAUGCAGAGCUUGGAGACGCUGAACGUCAGUGCUGUACACUUUGAGUGGCCACUGGAAGUGUCCCUAGCUUUUACUAUUAUGUAAACACUCACUUUUCCCUUAGGAUUAGAAAUGGGUUUUAAAAGUUGUGUGUAGCUUUGUUAUAUAAUCCCAACCAUACAUAUCCCUUCAAAUAUGUUUCCCCCCAGCUGUCCAUAUCCUCUACAGUCAUGUUGCAUCUUCCCAUGUAUUCAUAUUUCCUUCCCUCUUUCUAUACAUGCUAUUUUAAAAAUGGUCUUACGUCCACAACCAUACUCCAUCCCCAGCAAAACGGUUGCCCCUUGUAACUGUUCCCCUCCCCCCAAUUAUGAUCCCUCUUCACAGAUCCAUCUUGUAAACCUGUGCUCUGUCUUCAUACUGAUAAAUAGUAACUGAUUGAUUUUACAUGGAUUGGUGCUUUAAAAUGUGUGAUCUCAACAAUUCUACACACAUUUGUUUUUAUGUUUUAUCAAAUGUCUUUCAAUACUCACCUCUACAUUCAUUGAUUAAUGUAGUGUGGUUCUGGUGUCUAUAGCCUUUCCCUGCAGGCUUUUUAGUGUAAAUCAGAAAGCCAAUAGAAGUGCUUCCUAUCUCAGUGCUGCACAGUGUACAGCAACUAAGUUCAAAGUCUCCACGCUUUGCAUGGAGACCCUGAAUGCUCUCCAUAGAGAUGCAUUGAUUCUAUUAGGAAAUGCAGAUUGGGGCAGUGUGGGAUUUUGCUGCAUGUGCACAAUAGCCCUCCAUUGCUUUUCUAUGGGAAAGCAUUGAAUUGGCUGAUAUCAAAAUUGAUUUAAGCCACAGUGAGAAUGGAGAAAAGGCAAGUCUAAGCUGGUUCUCCAGCACUAUAAUUUUAGGGCUACAUGUUUGUAGUCCUAACACUAUAAUGUUCCUAUAUUCCUUAAAUUGCAAGCUAAUCUAAUGACUUUGGUCCAAAUUUUACUUAUACUUUUUUAUGACUUUGCUUCAUCCUGAUUCUAAAAUGUUAGGCUGUCUGUUUUUGUAUGCAUUUUGUUCUCAUAUAUAUAUAUAUAUUUUUUUUUUUUGCACUAUGCCUAUUGCCUUGAAUAGUAUCUUGUAGUAUAGAUUAAAAAAAUAAGUCCCCUCUUAUUCAUAGAAUAAAGACAAUGAUACCCUGAAGGAUCUGCUAAAAGCCAGUGUCGAGAAGCCAGUUAAAAUGGUGGUCUACAGCAGCAAGACUCUGGAACUUAGGGAGACCACAGUGACACCAAGCAACAUGUGGGGAGGACAAGGCUUGCUGGGAGUUAGCAUACGUUUCUGCAGCUUUGAUGGAGCAAAUGAGAACGUAUGGCAUGUCUUGGUAAGUAAAUGUUCAUAUUGUGGAGUGCCUUUCUUCAUGGAUAUACCACCACUAAGAGGAAUUGCAGUGCUCCAUAGUUUAGACUUUGUAGAUUUGUUUUGGUUAGGGUUUUGUCGAAAACUGAGAUGCAGCUGCAGGCUAAAUGAUUUACAGCCAUAAUACAAUCACUAAAUCUGUUUCUAUAUAGCAUUAAAUAGACCUAUAGCUUGUUUUGUAUGGUGCGUUUCAACAGCACCUUACUUCUAGAUUCUCCUGUAUCUAAACGGUAAUAAUAAAAAUAAAAACAAUAUUCCUAGGUUUCAGAUACUAAUGUACAUUUGCUGUGGAUAGAUAUAUAAUACAAUAUUUACGUGUUAUACACAAAUCCAAUUCAUUUUACUGUGAGUGUCCAUUUUGCUCCCAUACAUUCAACAGUAUCCACUCCCAACUCCUCGUUCGAGAUCAACAUAUUUGCAUUUAGGUACCAGUUCCACUUUCAUUGGUUAUGGUCUGUGCUUCCUUUUGGUUGUUUGACAUCACAGCCGAGCUGCUGUCUGCAUUGCAUGUAUUGUAAAUAUUAGGGUUAGCAUGUCCUAACUAAUUGGUGCUUUUAUUUCUUCUGUCAUUCCAGGAGGUGGAACCAAAUUCCCCCGCAGCACUGGCUGGUUUGAGAACCAACACUGACUACAUUAUAGGAGCAGACACUGUAAUGAAUGAGGUUGUUACCAUUUUUGUUUACUCUGUAUUGUAUUUUGUACCAUUAAUUCCUUUCAGUAUUUGUACAUGUAUAUUUUAGGAUUUAGCAUGGUUACAAUAUAUGAACAAAUUUUUGUAUAAGGAAAGAAGGGGGGGAUAAACAAGAAAUGCCAAGCACCGUGUAUAUUCAGUACAUUACACUAUGCGUAUUCUGAUAUAAGGGUUAAAUUAGCAGGUGUCACCACCUCUCAGUGUCAGAAGUGACACCUAUGCAGUACAUUUGCCAUCAUUGGUCUACAGGAUAACCAACAUGGUACCUUUACUUACUGUUUUUAGGAGGAUAUCAGGUAUAUCUUCCCAAUGAGACCUGUGAGAGGAUAACACACGUGGUUCCUUUAUUUGCUUUCUUGAAGGAAUGUUGGGGUUUUUGAAUCAAGUGUGGGGAAGACUUAACCUGGCAUUUUGCAUCUGGUCUGAAUGCUGUACCAGACGUAGUCUGUAUGCUAUCUUUUAGAGCCUUGCAGAUUGCAAUUGAUGGGACAAUAAGCUGAAAAUUAUUCACAAACCAUGAUCUGUAUGCAAUGAUGAUUAACCAUGAUAUGACAGCUUUUCCAAAUAAAGUGCAGUGUCUAAUUUAUCCAUCGCUGAUCUAAAGAUGCUUAUUUUCUUUUCUUUAUAAAUAUCAUUUUCUGUUUAAUUUUCAGCUCCUUGCCUCAAGGUUAAUUUUUGGUUACAUACUUUCUAAUGUUUCUUUAUGUUUAAUCUUGACGCAAGGAGCUGAAGGUUAAUUUUUGGUUACAUACUUUCUAAUGUUGGAUUAUUUUUCUCUUGCAGUCAGAAGACCUUUUCUCGCUCAUCGAGACCCAUGAAGGAAAACCAUUAAAAUUGUAUGUGUACAACACAGAUACAGACAACUGUAGGGAGGUUGUCAUAACGCCGAAUUCUGCUUGGGGAGGAGAGGGCAGGUAAGAAAAUCUAUCCUUCUAGAGGUGGAGAGGUACUGUUAAUAUCUAUCCAAAAACCAGAGCGGAACCCCUUUCAGAGGCAGCAUUAUACCAGCUUAGAAUAUUGUAGCUUUGCUUCUAAGAAGAAUUACAUUUCGAAAUGGCAACCAAUAUCUCCAUCCUAGCGGAUCUCACAAGUCCCUCCUUAGACUGUCACAGGAUCGUUAAAAAACAGCCUGAAUCACACAGCCGUCAUUAGCAGUGAUCGGGGAAACUGACAGAAUAGGACGGUGGAAGUUUUGCCUUUUGUCAACCUCAGUACUUGCCAUAAGGCUUAUCAUCCACUGUAGGCAUCAGUGUUGUAUUCUCGCACCCUAACGUUUACAGAGCGACUUUAACAUGUUUUAAAACAUUUAAAAACCCUGAAAUAUCUCUUUAAAUAGCAAGACAAUCCGAGCUUAGUCGAUACUGUGAUAUCAUUCCCUUAUGCCAUUUUUGAUCUAUUUGCACUUGGACAAAACAACAUGGUAUGUUUGUCAGACUUUUUAUUCUGUUUUUGAGUGAAUACACUAAUGUUUCAACUGCUGUACCAGUUACGUAGUUUCACUGUUAUACUAACAUUGCUAUCCAGGACUAUGGGCAGUGGACUUUCCACUAACAUCACACUACCUUCUUUCAUUUCUACAGCUUGGGGUGUGGUAUUGGAUAUGGAUACCUACAUCGGAUACCAACGCGGCCUUUCGAGGAGGGCAAGAACAUUUCUUUGCCUGGCCAAGUUCCCGGGGCACCAUUGAGUCCUCUGAAAGAUGGUUUUACAGAGGUGUGUAUUUCAUAAACCAUAACUCCUUCUUGUUCCAAAAAAUUAAUCUAUUACAUCAUGGCUCCUAGGUCAUUAAAUUCCACAAUAAAAUAAAGCUGGGGCUGUUUCCUGCUGGUUCUGUGGAAACCACAGUAUCUCUUAGUAAAUGUGGGGCCAACCAUUUUUGCAGAGGGGGUGUCCCAAGAACCGACUAUCUAUGUAGAUCACUUAAAGUAAGUACUGCUCAGAGCCCUUUAAAUUACUAUGUUUAGCUAUGGACAGAUUAAAUUGAUGGAGUCACAGGUCUCCCUGCACACCACAUUCGCCCCUGAUUACAUGACACAGGUCAUGAUCAGUGCUAGGUUACGCAUGCUGCCUUGUGCCAGUCACUGCUUGUAAUCAGGCAGGAAGAAAAAAAAUAAAAUGACAUAUUGUAAUGAUUGAGCACCUAAGAGGGAGCUAUUCCCUCUCACUCUGUACAUUGUAUUCUAGGGAAACUCUCAGCAGUGACAUCUGCUGGGGAAAUUCCUCUGCCAACAGUAGGAACCAAGAUUUAGGGGUUGGAUGAGGGUUGACAUUUUAAGGGUUAUUUACAGAUACAGCAUUUAGGAUUAGUUAUACGUUGUUUAGAGUUACAGGUAAUUUGGGAUUUAGGGAUAAGGAAUGUCACAGAUAAGUGCUUUUCUCAGCCAGGCACAGGUUGGAGAGUGAUGAGGGGUCACAGUUGAUGGCAUUAGUAAGGUUGGGUACCCUCCAACACUUUUUAACUAUAACCUUUCUCCAAUCCAAAGACUUCAAUAUACCACAAUGCUGGGGUCACAGAAAAAUAUCCUCAAAAUAAAUUCUGUAUAAUGUUCUUGGUGCCUUCUUUUGCAGAUUGUGCACAUUUGUGCAGUGAGGUGGCUGCAUUAACAUGCUCCACCAAAAACUUGGGAAAGUUCUAAAUGUGGGUGGUACGAAAAGAUCUAAAGCUAAGCAAGCUUUACCCCCCCCACCCCCCAGAUGCAGUACAUACACAAACAUGCAAUACUAAUCAUUACAUGAAAACUGAAAAAGGGGUUUGUUGUUUUGGUAAGGGAGAUUUUAUAUAUUUUUAUAUAUAUAUAUAUAUAUAUAUAUAUAUAUAUAUAUAUAUAUAUAUUUAUUAUGUAACUAUCACAUUAAUGUGCUGUGUAUUAAAAAUGUGAAAACACCCACACAUUAAAAGUUUAAAAUCUUUAAUCCUUUUUUUUGGUCUGAAGCACCACUUAUCUUCUAAGACCAUACACAAUUUAAAGGUGUAAAACCCUCAGAAUAUGUAUUAUUGAGUCCAUGUGUGCUUGCUCAUGAUUUCAACAUCUGUGAACACACACUAACUCUUAAUGGCACGAGUGUGUUUUGGUCAGAUAAGCUGUGAUUCUGACCAGAGGCACAAAGAUGGCUGUUCCUUCCAGGGGUUACAAUACAUAUGUAGUCUUUUAUUUUGAUUAAAAAUGACGAUAAUAUUCUUUAGAAGAGAAUAAACAUAUCUGUACACUUCAAUAGCAUAAUCUGUUAAUUAACUUUUUAUGUCUUGCAAAGUGCCACCAAAAUUUUAUGAUGUGGAUUUUGAAAUGAGCAGAGUAUUUGAUUUGUUUUAUUUUAGGUGCAGUUAUCCUCUGUAAACUCUCCCUCCCCUUUACCGCUUGGAACUGCAGGAAUUGAAGUAAACCUUUCUGGACUCUCCAUUGGCUCAAAUACACCUGCAGCCACUAGUGCUCUUAAUUCAGGUAGUGAUUACAUUUUUGUUACUUAUAGACUCUAAUUGUUUGGAAAAUACAUCAUCAAUUGUUACUUUCCUAGUUUUCACCUAGUGUAUAAUUAUUUACUAAUCACUUGCAUUCAAGAAUUUAUUUUCCCUAAAAGAAACCAAUCCACCUUGCAAGAGUUUGGGAUUGAUUAAUCUGCACGGGGAGAUUCACAAUGUGUAAUGCUGCGAGUACCUUAUGGAUCUACCCUGGGAGUCUCUGGGUUAUAAUAUUAAUAAAACCCUAAUUGAAUGGUCCGGGCUACUUUAACGACAUGCUAAUUUGUGUAAUAAGCAUGCCAGCCUUGUAGAUGUUUAGGCUUUCUAAUUCACUUAUGCCAGUUUAUAGAAAAUAAUUGUGUGUGUAUUAUGGGACUAUGAAAUAUCAAUUUUUUAUCUUAGCUGUAGCAGAGAAGCUGGGACAUUUAUUUUCCAAUUAAUCUAAAUGCAAGUAAAUGGUGAGGCAAACUCCUUUUUUCUUUUAAACACCCUUAAUUUCUCAAAAGUGAAUUUACACUUUAGUAAAUGAUCCUUAUUAGAUUAAUGAAGAUGGCAAAGGUAGGAAGACACAUCUAACAGCUCCUCACCACCACCACUUGUGCUCCUCUGCCCCUGCCCCAUUUGUGUUUCUGUGCCUAUACGCCACAGUUUCCCAUAUCUAUUUGUCUGCCCCAUACACUUAUCUUCUGUCCAUCAGUCCCAUACACCCAAUUAGUCCAGAAAUAUAUUUUUAAAAAUAACAGGUGCCCUAUGUUGGUACAUGUCUGGCAACUUAGGAAUAACCCUGGUGCACCCUAUCUGGAUCUGCAGAUGAUUCCUUGGAGUUCUCUCCCCGUGUCCCCAGCACUGAAACCUUUGUUUCAGGGCAGAAUGUUGUGGAGCGAGACAUGAGACAGACCAAACAGCCAUGGGUGUGUUCUGUAUCACACAUUGUAUAAGAUGAGUGUCUCUAUGAGAUUUAUUGAAAUAACAUUUCAGAAUGGUUAUUAAUUUUAUUUAUAAAGCUGCUUUGUACGGAUGGUGGACUAACAAACAAGUUAUUGCAGUAAGGCAAGAUGGACAUACAGGAACAGAAGAUGCUGAGGUCCCAGUUCCGAAGAGCUCACAUUCUAAUUUGAGUGAAUGUUUUUGGUUAUUAUAUGCUGCCUUAUUUAGAUUUAGUGAUCUGUGCUUAGACAGAUAACUGAAAAUGGUAGUUAGUCACCAAUAUCCUUUACAAAUACCUAAAAUGUUUGACAGUUUAAAGGUAAUGGUUUUUUAUUUUUUAUUUUUUAGGUUUGCCAACAGUUCCUGUAUUAACCCCCCAAAUUAAUCAUUCUCUUGCCUCUGUUCCGCUAAAUCCAGCAGUUUCACUCCCAGGUAAUUUAUUGUAUUUCUUAUUGUGUGAGCACACUUUAUUUUAAUGAAAUGCGAGAAGUUUCCACUGUAAACAGAAUAUGUUUCUGAAUAUCAGACCAAAGGCAGAAUGUGUGGCACAAAACUAAAGCACUAGAAAUUGAUCACAUCAAUCCGUGUUCCCUAUGUCAAACAUUAAGCCAACAUUAUUGCACUCUUGUACGCUGGCCAUGAAUACUACAGAGAUCUCCUCACAGAUUGCUGAAGGUUUACGUAUCAGAGUGCCCUGAUAAACGGCCAGAAACACUGAAAUACUGCAAAUGUAUUUAUUUUUCCUUUUAUAUAGCGUGAAUUUUACGCAUCCUUGGUGUAAUAAUUUCCUCUGUAACUACACUAAAGUGCUGCAGUAAGUGGGGUUUGUUCAGAGUUAGUGGUGCCAGAUCCAGCAUAUUUCCCUGGACCCAUCAUUUCUGUAGGCUGAUGUGCAGCACAUGAAUAGGGAUCCCCCGUAGCAUGCUGUAAAAUCGUAAAGUGAGGAUUGCUCCUAGAUUUAAUUAAAUAAAUAAAAAUUUCUCCUGAAUUAUUCCGAUGGUGCACACUGCACAGCAGUAUUUUUCAUUGUCUGCCAAUCAGGAAGUAGGAAUUAAAGAAUUAACGUGGAGACGGAAAAAUGUGUUGAAUCUUGCAAUCCAAUCCAUAGGCUGGUAGUGUAUAGUAUAGUUGGUUGUUGCUUAGGAGAACAAAUAUAACUACUUAACUUGCAGGUUUCUAUAAUUUCAAGUCAGUGGAUAAUAUGAUCUGUCCUAAUAUUUAAAAGUAAACGGUGGAAGAGAUCAACCUGUAGUAGAAAAAGAAUUGUGGAUAUAUUGCCUUCGUCCAUGUAUUAUACUCGUGUUUAAGUUACAGUAAGUAUGUGAACUUCUGAUUUCAUGUUUUUUUUCUUUUUCUCAAGGUCUCAUGCCAUUAUCUACUGGACUCCCUACACUAACAAACCUUCCAAAUCUCCACAAUCUGCCAGCUCCACACAUAAUUCCAAGGCCAGGAUUGCCAGACCCUACACUUACACGUAUGUAUUCAUGCUGGGAACAUGAUCUUUUACUUAUUCCCAACUCAAGUAAAUGUUGGAAACAGUAGCUUACUUCUGGGCAGCAAAUGAGUCAUUGAUCUCAUCAGUCCGACACGCUCACGAUAUUUGUAAAGUAUAUAUAUGUGUCUGAAUAUGGUGGCUAACCUUCCCACCUCACAUGUGAACUAUAUUUCCCAUGAUCCUUGUGACUGGCUAGGUAUUGUUGGCUAUGCGCACCUCACAUGUGAACUAUAUUUCCCUUGAUCCUUGUGACUGGCUAGGCAUUGUUGGCAAUGCACCUCACAUGUGAACUAUAUUUCCCUUGAUCCUUGUGACUGGCUAGGCAUUGUUUGCAAUGCACCUCACAUGUGAACUAUAUUUCCCAUGAUCCUUGUGACUGGCUAGGCAUUGUUGGCAAUGCACCUCACAUGUGAACUAUAUUUCCCAUGAUCCUUGUGACUGGCUAGGUAUUGUUGGCAAUGCACCUCACAUGUGAACUAUAUUUCCUUUGAUCCUUGUGACUGGCUAGGCAUUGUUGGCAAUGCACCUCACAUGUGAACUAUAUUUCCCAUGAUCCUUGUGACUGGCUAGGUAUUGUUGGCAAUGCACCUCACAUGUGAACUAUAUUUCCCAUGAUCCUUGUGACUGGCUAGGUAUUGUUGGCAAUGCACCUCACAUGUGAACUAUAUUUCCCAUGAUCCUUGUGACUGGCUAGGUAUUGUUGGCAAUGCACCUCACAUGUGAACUAUAUUUCCGUUGAUCCUUGUGACUGGCUAGGCAUUGUUGGCUAUGCGCACCUUACAUGUGAACUAUAUUUCCCAUGAUCCUUGUGACUGGCUAGGUAUUGUUGGCAAUGCGCACCUCACAUGUGAACUAUAUUUCCCAUGAUCCUUGUGACUGGCUAGGUAUUGUUGGCAAUGCACCUCACAUGUGAACUAUAUUUCCUUUGAUCCUUGUGACUGGCUAGGCAUUGUUGGCAAUGCAGUUGGCUUGCAAAUCUACUUGAGCAUUACUCCAGGUUACAUAAAAUCUUAAUUCUUUAAUUUGGCUUUCCCAGAUACAAAAUAGCACAUGAAGACCUCUUCCAAUGUAUAAGUAACAGUUAAAAUUAGCUUUUAAUAUUCUCUCUAUUGCUUCAAGGAUCUGCACUUUGUAAUAGGCAGAUAAUGAAUAUGAUUUGAGUUUUGAUUGGCUGCUGGUGUUUUAAGCCACAAUAAGGAGGCAGUGAAAGUUGCAGUGGGUGACCGGAUUUAAAUAGCCCACUUAACUAUCUGAUUCAUGUUUCUAGCCAAGUUCAUAAAAGGUUAGUUUAGAUUUUGGAUUUUUCUCUUUUGUCUCUUGGUAGCUUUUUAAAACCGUUGCAUACCAGGCAAGGCCUAUAACUUGCUUUCAGACUAUUUUAAAACAUUUCUGACACUUGAUCCAUAUGUAUGAAAUGUAUGCUAGAUUUUGCUCACUCUCUUUUCCUCUUUCAAGCAGCUUUUAAUAGUUUUGGUUGUAAUUCUGCUUUUUUUUUUCCUCUUGCAGUUUCAAAUUUGCCUCCCAUUCAUUCAUUACAAGCUUUGAACCUAUCUGGACUUCCACCCCUGUCGAUAAAUCCUCAUCUCUCUGCCUUUCCCAUGGCACCACUUCCCAGUGACCUAAUUCCAUCACUGCUGGAUCACACUCCCCCAGCACCCCAGACAGAGAACGUCACUGCAACCAGUGAAGACUGCUGCCAUGCGCCCCAUAUGGCCACAGAGAAAGUUUCCAUCAGUAGUACAGAAGCAAGCACCCCUGAAUCAUCUUAAGACCUUCUGUGCGGAUUGGCUUAAUGUAUUUAUUUAGCCACAGAAUGCAAGCAAUCGUUAACUCUGUACUAGUUUGUACUUAUAUGUAGGAGACCUGUAAAUAAAAUAAAGGCUAGCUAUGAAGAGUUUAAGGUCAAAGAAAAUGGAAACAGAUGGAGAAAAUGCCAAACUAUGAAGUGAUUGUAAAUUAUUUUAACAUAAGUUUUCCCAUCUGAAAAUAUCCUUAAUAAAGUUAUAGAACGUGCACUCUUAAUGCGUGUAUGGUUUAUCCAAAUCAUUUGAACUUUUGCGUUACCAGAAACUGUCAUUCAAUAGAUUUCAGGUCUCUAGCAAUGAAAAGGUCAGCAACUUGUAAUGUCUACUACACUGCUUAAAAGACAAUACCAGGGAUGGCAUUUAAGUGGAAAGAUUGUUAAGGAAUAUAUAUAUAGGUUUUAGUUUAAUCUGGGAUGUAUAUGCACACAGCAAUAAAUUACUGUAAUUUUACAUUUUAAUGUGUAGCCCUUUUUUUUUUUUUUUAAACUAGUGUUUAAAAUACAUUCCAUACCGGGACGCAUGCUUAAUAACAACAGGAGUUUAUUAAAGAUUAAUAUAUCAUAGCUAUGCUGGAUAAUCACAGACUGUCCACUUUAAUCUGUAUCUUACCCAGAACCACUGACUAAUGCAUUUUGUUUUUAUAAGUAUUAAUUAAAAUUGAAUUUGUGCCAAUGUAAUUUUACUAAUGCCAGACAAGUUUUGUUUUUUUUCUUCAAACAUUCAAGAUUAUUUGGGUUUCAAACUUUGGAUAUGAAAGAUAUUUUAACCUUGGAUCAUAUUUUAUUUAUUAUAAAAGUGAUAUGUGAUUUAGGUUUCAAUGCAACCAAGACUGGUGGUUUUUAAAAUUGGUCACAUUGUCUGCUUUGUAACGACCAUUUGUGAGUGGUACAAAAAUGGCACAAACUAUCACACAAUACAGCAUGGUUACAUAGUAUCUGUGUGUAUUGUUUUAUUAAAUUACACCAUGAGCCAAGAUUUUGUUUACUGUCUGGAAUGCCGACUGUGUAUUUCUUAAUCCUUGGUGUGUGUUCCUCUCGAUACCUUCAAUAAAAAAAA